AUGGUAGAUGGGACACAUUGGGUUGGAAUUGUUAUCGACAUACUGGCAAAGUCCAUUACCGUGCUUGACUGUAACACUGCAUGCGUCUCCGUUGCUGGAAUGGAAAAUUACCUACAACCGCUAGCUGCUAUGCUACCAUACGUUAUCCGGGACGCAUUUGGUGGAGAUGCAUCAACUUCAGUGCAACGCACUCUGUUUCCUGUAAAGCGUCUUGACAUUGCCCUCCUUUGUGAGUCUCCAGGUCUCUCGGCCGUGGCUGCACUGGCGUUGAUUGAGCUGCACGCAACGAACCAAAUACUUGCAUCCGGUGACAUAGAAGAUGACACAUUGCGUACUGCAAGUAGAAACUACGCGGUUUCCCUGUAUGAGUACAUGGUAUCAAGUACUACUGCUUGA